AUGGAUAAGCUUUCUGGUCUCGCACACAAGCUCGGUGGUGGCAGCAGCUCCCAUGGCUCCUCCAACCAGGCUGCUGGUAAUGAGGACUACGUUGACAAGGCUCUUGAUUCCGGAGAGAAGAAGUUUGGCGGCGGCAAGGUUGACCCUGCCAAGAUGCGCUCCACCAACGAGAAGAUUACCGACACCGCGCGUGAGAAGUUUGAGAGUGCUACUGGCAAGAAGGUCCCCGGGAAGAUUUCCAACUAG